GGACUCCGGGCAGAGGCACAUCGGGCUGGACUCCGGGCAGAGGCACAUCGGGCUGGACUCCGGGCUGAGGCACAUCGGAUUACCAGGCGAAGCAGCAGGCACCGGGCCAUCAGGCGGAGCAGCAGGCACCGGGCCCCCGGGCAGGGCGACAGGCACCGGGCCCCCAGGCGGGGCGACAGGCAUCGGGCCCCCAGGCAGAGCGACAGGUCUCAGGCCCCCAGGCGGAGCGGCGGGCGCCGGACCCCCAGGCGGAGCGGUGGGCACCGGACCCCCAGGCGGAGCGACAGGCAUCGGGCCCCCAGGCGGAGCGACAGGUCUCAGGCCCCCAGGCGGAGCGGCGGGCGCCGGACCCCCAGGCGGAGCGGCGGGCGCCGGACCCCCAGGCGGAGCGACAGGUCUCGGGCCCCCAGGUGGAGCGGCGGGCACCGAGUCACCAGG